UUGCGCAACAGAAGCGAUAGAUCCGCAGACGAUUUCGAAUUUUUCUAUAGGACCAUGGUAAAGCUGAGAUGCGAUAAUGUCUUUCUACCACCUAACGAUAGCCAACUGGAUACAAAAAGUUUCGGCCGUGCAUCCGCGUGAUCGGACGUACGACCGAGCCAAUAAACGGUGCCGGAGCGAUUCGUUAUCCCAUAUCCAUAUGGAUACCAUAUGGUAGUGGAGGUGAGUCCCCACGUUUGCGGAGUCUAAACCUUCAAUUUUGGCCAUCGACGCCUGCCUUACCCUACUACGACGCAAUGUUCAGGAAGUUGGCCCCCCUGGUAGCCUCUGUGGACAGUAACCAGUCCUCCACGUCCGAACCCUCUCAAGCAGACAUCUCAAAGAGGAAACGUGUACAGGCUGACGUUGCUUGCAAUCCUUGCCGAAGAAGGAAAUCCCGCUGUGAUGGAUUACGUCCAACUUGCGCUACGUGUCAGAAGCUAUCAUCCGACUGCACCUACGUACAGAAACGAGAAGCUCUUCAGUCCUCACACGCAUCCAACGACUCGCAGGAACUCCUCGAUAUCCUCAAGUCUGUAACGGAGAAACAUGCCAUUCAAAUUCUAAGCCUGUGGAGGACCGAUAGAGACAUUGCUGCGGUGCUUUCUUUCGCCAGAGGUGUGGUCAAUGGAGCAUCCAACCUGCCAGAUAUUGUUGACGACGCCAAACCAGGGACGGGCUUGUCUUUGGAGUCGGAACUGAUGACCAAUUUCCCCUUUGUCUACCCUAAACUUCGUGCCAUUCCAGCCACGGCACUAGAACUUGAUGGACUACUUAGCCCCAAUAGCUUCCGCCGGCUAAAGCAACCCGAAAACCAGGCCGGCCACAACGACGAUAGGCCGCCUGGCGAUGAUAUCUCGUCCUUGAUGUCUGAUAGUACACGUCAAACUUUAAAAGAUCCGUUUCACAACGUGGUGCCACCGGAUAGGAUGGCAGAUACGAGACCGAGUCUCUGCGACAGUCGACUGCAUCAACUCGACAUCUCCUUCUGGACCGCGGUCUCAGUCGCCAAUGAUCUCGCAGCCCGCAUAAUUUCCGUAUACCUAACGACUGAUCAUCCCCUGCUAUGCAUCUUCGAUCCAGACUCAUUCAUUUCCGAUCUUGUCAGUCAUCAGACAACCAAUUGCUCCCGGCUCCUUGUCAAUACAGUUCUGUACUGGGGAUCCCAACUUUACGCUGCAUUUGAUCCAGAGACCCGUGGCUAUGCAGAUUCGUUCUGCGACGAGGCUGAGGAGCUUUGGUUGCAUCAGCAACACAAUGAUACAAUUCUCAACGCUGCCAGCGCCCAAUUGUUGAGCUUGGCUUACCUCGGCCAGGGAAAAGAUCAUUAUGUUUUGAAGUUUCUCUCGGCUGCCAUACAUAUGGGGAAAAGGUUAUUCUUGCUUGACGUUGACCCAUUGCUGGCGACGAGAAAUCUGGCACACCUUUUACCCGAAACAAAGAGACGAAUGGCAUUCACGGCGUGGGGGCUGUUUAACUGGGCGGUCUUGACCAUGAUGUUUUAUCAACAACCGAACCUGGAAUACCCGGAAUAUCCCCCCAUCCUUCCGAUACCACAUAGCGAGAAAGUCGAUGCAGCAUCCAUAAGGGUGGCUUAUGUUGACGCUGAUAGGACAACACCAGCUUUGCCUUGGUUCAUGGGCUCCACGUUUUCCGCACUUUGCUCCUUCUGGCAAAUUUUACACGGCGUGGGUCUUAUUUACUACAAGAACCGAGAAAGUUCGCUGCAAGAACAUACUACCCUGGACUUUGCGGAACGCAAAUAUCGUGAACUGCUCGAUUGGUCCAAAACUUUACCGCCAGAUAACGUCCUACGAGAUGACAGUCCCCAUCAUGUUGUCAUCCUCCACAUUUGGUUUCACGCCGCCGUUCUCGACAUAUUUCGGCCCUUUGUACACGGACCCCAUCCAUAUCGAUCCCGCGUCUUAUCCUCUUCCGAGCAUCGCCUAUCCCCGGAUGAUGCCUUUCGCGCGUCCGUGCAGCAACUCAAGUAUCUAGUCGUCAAAUAUCGUUCGAACCAUCAAACCUCCACCUACACGAUGCUGUGGCAGACAGCCCUGAUUUACGUAGCAAACGCCGUGCUGCACGAUACACAAAACCCCGAAUGGCGGUUCUAUUUCUUGACAUGUAUAUAUGCGUAUACAGAUCUCCGAAAGUCGUAUCGUGUUGCGGAGUCAAUAUCUCGGGCACUGCUGACUAUGGCGCUCCGUGGAGGAUGCAUAACACACAGUGAGGCCGAUGCUCUAGAAACAAAGAUGACGGAAGCAGGUGGGAGAGUCAAGAGAGAUGACAAAAUUCGCGCCACGUUCAUGGUUGAUCUAGACUUGGCCAUGUGGGACCCCGAGGCCGCGAAGGUAGAGGUUCUCGCAAAACGAUUCGAUGACAUUGUCCUGUUUCGGGACCUUGCCACCGGGGAUGAUAAAGAGGCGCAGAGCUUUAGUCAGCUCUAGAUGUUCAGCGACCCUCGACAGUUGCCUCGACAGUCGGUAGGAGUUGUUGAAGAGGUUUGCUUUGGAGACGGGACAUGAUAAAUUAUGAUGCUUAACGUCACCCUUGACUGUGUAUAAUCGCCGCUAGCGCAGAUUAACUUUGUAGACUGGCCCUGCUCACGUGAGUUUCGAUUGAGCCAAGUUACCAAGUGGACUUGCAACGAACAAGAUUACCUUGAAACCUCUCUUGUUUCUGCC